AUGGAGAACGUGAUGGUAUGACCACGCCUGCCCAUUCUCACACGUCCGCUUCUGGGGCCUUCGAUCCUCUCUGUCUCCCAUCCAAACCCUGGUUUGUACCUGGGCCAUUGUCUCCACGUCAGCCACGUCGAGAAGAGGUCAGGGGCAGAUGAACUAAGCCAAGUACAGGAUGAAGCAGGCCAAUAAACUUCCUGAAGAAGGGCUUACAAUGAGUCCCAAGCUACAGCACGUCACUGGGCAAGAUUAACCCGCAUGGCAGCUCUGUACGCAGUUACGUUAGUGCACCUUACUGGUUGAAGAUCCUGUUGGAGGUGGGGUCAUGGUUGUCUACUACCUGUAGGGAUUCACCCUUCCAGGCCUCGCUUGUCUGGCAGCCGUUCCCCCUAGACCUCACCAGGUGCGGACUUGCUUCCUGUCUAGACCCACGGAGAGGACCGUCUUCAUUCAUGGUUCAUGUGGUUAGUUAGCCUGUGGGAUCUCUGCUCCCAACCUCAUCGAGCUCUUCUACCUGUUUGUCAAAAUCAGUACAAAGAGUGUGUGGACAGGAAAGGAAGCAGGGACUAGGAAGCCGGAUACACGGUGACACCCGGUGCACCCUGUCCUUGAGAGCAAGGCCAUUGAGAAACAGGGGACCAGAUGAUCCAGAAUGGGUAAUCUUGGAGUUGGAGCUCCAGUGGAGGAACUGGGCCCGUGCAUGACGAAAAGGGUGGCUUCUGAGGACAACACUUGCUAAUAUGGGGGAGGUCCAUAUUUGAUCUGCCAGUUCUGUACACAUUCCUUUUCACCAAAUAUGCGUGUUAUGUUGGAUCUCUUUUUCCGCUCAGCGCGAUAUUUCUGUGUGUGAUGUGUGCCCACUGGUCUUGUGCCAGGCUUAAAACCCAAUGUAUAAAAUGACCUUACUUGUGUGCCUAAAAUUGUUUGAUUCUCCAACAUAUUAACUGCAUUCCGAAAAGUUUUGUCAUCGAAUAGAGGAUCAGUCUUUGCGUGUGCCCAGAUAACAAAUAGAUAAAAAUGUCACUCUGUAUAUGUUGGGGGAUGGGGGGAUUUGAUUAUUGGUUGUUGCCAUUGAUGUAUGCGUUGAUGAAUGUAAUUCCUUAUAGCACAUAUAUUGAUAUAGAUAGAAUAUGAUAUACAGGAAUUAUUCUGGCUGGUAUCAUUGUGUUUGGUUUGAUUCCUCUGUGUUAUAGAACGUGAGUUCUCAGAAGUGCCGCCUCCAUGAUUCUAUUUCAUGAACAACUCUGAGCUCGUGUUAUCAUUCAAUGCAUAGAAAAGCAUUAAUUUAGAUGUGUCAUGUUUAAUCUUUAGUCUUUCUAUUGGUCAAUCAUUAAGCGGCGACCUCAGUCGUCACAAGGGUUUAACUGUUUAAAAUCCCAUUUGCCGUAUGAUGGACUGGGACUGUGCUGUGAACAUUGCUGAUGGGUGACUCAAAUCCUUAACACCCGCCCUAAAUCUCACGGUUUUCCAACUUAUGUUCAAAUUAGUUGGCCGCAGUCUCAAUAGUGGGUCAGGACAAGGUACGAGGCAACAUUUCUUCUCAUUCUCUACAAUUUAUUUUUAAAUGUAAUGAAACUGGAAACAGAACAGCAAGUUAUUGUAAUAGUUUGAUAUAAGGAUUCCACGCAAAUAUUGUCUUUGGAGUUUACCGAUUACCAGGCAAUAACAUAAAAUGUUUAAAUAUAAGAUAGAAAGUUUAUGACAUAAUUUUUCAGAAUCAUUCGUUUACAUUUAAAAACUAUAUAUUAGCUAUCAUGAUAAAAUGUCAAUCAGUGUUUCUCUACCAUUGGACCAACUGCUGACAUUUGAUGUAUUUUGGUGUUAAUAGUUUUGGAUACACACGGGUUACAUGAUAAUGUUUGUAAACAAUAAUUUUCGUAGUAAAGGUAAAAUUAAAGGCAUUGAGGGAUAUCAGUGUCAGGGCACUGGCUUGAGGCUAUAGGGUGCGUUUCCAAUAGUCCGAUUAAUGAUUUUAAGGCUGAAAACGGAGUGAAAAACAUUGAAAACCUGAACUAAUGGAUAAGAUGGCCGUUGGUGUACCCAGCCCUUCGUUCCCAUUUGGCCCUCAGAUCAUAGACACUAACUUGUUCAUGUCUUCUUCUUACUUAGAAAGCCAUUGAACAUUCAGCAAAACAGGGGAGACUGGGGUUUCUUUCAAAGUUUAUGGACAAGGUGCACAGUCUCACUCACAGUCAUCGGAAAGAUAUGGAUGAGUGUCAUGUCCUGUGUCAGAAUCAUGGUCUUGGCGGGUUUUUGGUAUUUUGUGUGCCGGGGCGGGAGAAAGGUGGGGCGAUGAACAAGCUGGUUUCAUAUGCAUACGCCAACAAACCUGGUGUGAGAAGUGGCUUACGACCAUAUCUGCCCAUCUCACACAUACGUUCUGGGUAAUGCCGAUCAUCUUGUCUCCACUACAACUUUCAUACUGGGCCAUGCCAUGCAUGUCAUUCAGCAGGAGACCAAAUGAGAGCCAUACUGCAGAGCCAAGUUGAACAAAUGGCAAGGGAAGAACCCCAAAUACAGCAAUGGAAGAAGGGAGAUCAAAAUAAGGGGAAUUUGCUGGGUAGUUACAUGACCCCGCUGUUCUUCUUUAAAAGAUCAUAAUAGAGAUCGCUUUCAUCGUGGGCCAGUUACGACCUGUAUGGGUUGAUUUGUCAGGUCACCCAUGUUCCCUGUCCAGAUCUCCCGGCCCCUCACUGUCGAAUGCUAAUGUCCCCGUCCUACAGAGUGAAGACCAUCUCAUCAUCUUCAUGCUGGUGUGGCCUGUGCGUUCUCGGGCAUGAAUGGGAUUUGAGGUGUUCUAUCUGCCUUUGUAGAAGAUCUAAGUGUGGUUGCUCAAAGGCCGCAAUAUCACACUACCUCAAACUGCGAACCCAGCCACCCUCCCACACCUGCUUGGUCGGUCGGGGAUAUGAGAUGGACACCCUGAGACAGAACAAGAUGAAUCUGGAGUUUGAGAUGCAGAGUUUAGGUGGGUACUGGAUGCUACGUGAGAAAAAGUUGCUGUGGGUGACCACCAAUAAAAACGCUUUGAAGUUAAUUUGACGUUAAUGUAUCUUAAUCUUUUGUCUGGUGAAAACUGAAUGAAUACACUCCGUCGUUUUGUUUCUUAUGUUUUUUGAUUAAUAAGAAAUAAUAUGCCAUUAGCAGCCGUUUUAUCCAAAGCGCCUUACAGUCAUGCGUUUGAUACAUUUUUUUGUGUGUAGGGGUGGUCCAGGGAUCGAACCCACUACCUUAGCGGACAAGCGCCGUGCUCUACCAGCUGAGCUACAGAGAGGACCAUUGAUUGAGGCGCAGUGCACUAGUAGUUGUGUUUGAAGUUUAACAUGUUCCUUUAGUUGUGAAACUAACCGCUGGGUCUUAAUGGAGUGUUUAAACUGACAGGAUGAUGCUGACAGUAAUAUAUUUUCUAUAUAUGAUUACAUAAAAGGUGCAAGAUACACAAGUGUAUCGUUAAAAAAAAUAAUAAACCUUUAAAUUGUGUCAAAUUAAUAGGUUUUUUUGUAUCAAGUGCUGAAUGAAAAUGAGAACAUGAAAACCCAUUCAAUUAAAAUCACUGAAAACCUAACAGAAUAUAACACACAUGAGGAAAUAGUGAUUAUCUUAGGACACCAUUUUGGGAAUAUGGCUAUAAAAUUAAUUAACAUCAUGAACAUAAGACAUCAGAUCUCCCAAACCCUCAAAAUAAAGGAGCUUGUAAAAUAAAAUCAUUUUUGACCAGAACGUUGCAAACUACAAUCCAGACAAGUUUCUAGGAUGAGAGUAUGGCAAAUAUGCGUAUGGAAGUGUCAUUUGCAAAUAAGGGCGCACGUCCUCCAACCCUCACAAUGAAGAGGCUUAUAGGUAUAAUUAACACAAAAAAUACCUUCUUGUUUGCCAGAACUGGUUAACUACAGUACAAACCCAGGCACAUAUUUGAGGAAAGUAGAUUGUAGAAAAAUAUCCCCCCAAAAAUUUUGAUUAAGAUUUCAUUACCUUCAUAUACCUGUUGCCUACCUGGACCACCCACCACUUUGCUAUAUAAAUCAUUUUAGCACAGGCAUGGCCUAGAUUACAAUGCUAUUUCAUGGUGAUUACUGGUUAAUUGACAUAGUACUGAUACAUAAUUAACUUUAUCAUUGUGUUGCCCAGAUUAACCGUUACAAAUCACCCCAAGGUCACCCAAAUUAUAAACAGCAGAUUUCUCAAUCAGGAGGUCCUGCACAACGUGAGCACCUCGUACGACAAGCAAAAUGUGCACUUCAGGUAGACGGUUGGUAGGCUACUACGUAGCACUUUGAUCCUUGUUCUCUACAGCUGUGCUGUUGUGUUCUGUUCAGAAACGGUAUGGUUUAAAAGGUUAAAGACUUAUCUUUCUACUAUUUGUUACAUUGUCUAUAAUUUAUGAAUUCAUGGUAUUGUUUUCACCCAACAUGAAUAGACAUAGAAUGAAAAAAUCUAAUAUCCAAACACCAAAACGGAUUUAUGAUAAGCUUGACCAUUCUAAGCGGACAACCUAGUGAUUUAUUAUUAUCUGAAAACACGUGUAAAUCGUGUUAUUAGAAUAUUGAUUUUUGGUCUUUGGGACAUUUUACUUGAUAGGCCUGCGUGAUGCUGUGUCCAUUACUUGAGACAAGUAAAUUAAUUGAUUGCAGACUAAAACACACAGACCACAUAUACUGGUACACUGACCUCAUGAGAGGGCCCGGUGCGGAUUACAGCAUGGAAAAAAUAUCCAAUCACUCACUUUCCCAAAUAUUUUUUGGGCAUAUCAAAAACAAUUAUUAAUAUAAUUUGUAAUAAAAUGUAAUCAAAAUCGAAAAUAGAAUACCAUACUGUAUUAUAAAGAAGUGAUACACAUGAUGGGUACAAAACAAUUAGGGAAUACCUGCUCUUUGCCAUGAUCUUAUGAUAAUCACUUGUUAAAUCCCUUAAAUCAGGUAGAUGAAGGGAGGGAGACAGGUAAUGAAGGAUUUUAAGCUUGAGACAAUGAGGACAUGGAUGGUGUAUGUGGACAUUCAGAGAGUUAAUGGCAAAAUAAAAUAUUUAAGUGUCUUUGUAAUGGGGUAUGGUAGUAGGAUGCCAGGCACAACCAGUUGAGUGCGUUCAGAACGCAACGCUGCUGGGAUUUUCACACUCAACAGUUUCCCUUGUGUAAUCAAGAAUGGUCACCACCCAAAGGACAUCCAGAACAACUGACCACAACUGUGGGAAGCAUUGGAGUCAACAUGGGCCCCAGAAUCCUGUGGAACGCUUUCACACCUUGAGAGUCCAUGCCCGACGGAACGAAUAUGAGGCUGUCUAAGGCGAAAUGGGGUUGGUGCAACUCAAUAUUAGGAAGGUCCUAAUGUUUGUACAGUCAGUGGUAUUUUGCUACAAAAAUACUGAAUUCCAUGUUAGAUGAUGAAUAUGACACAUUAGAUUUGACUAAGAAAAAAAUUCAUCUGGUUGAUACAGACAGCAUGGAGAUAUCUCUUCUGUUAUUGCGAUUAUGUUUUAUAGCUCCUGGGCUUUGGAAAUAGCCUUACUAUCCCAUACACCGCUUGUGUUAUAUCUCCAUACCCACAGACUGUCUCUGUUGAUCUAUUACGUGUGUGAUUUCUCUGUAGCUGUUUGAUAUUUGUCAUUUAAUCUUAUCAUAGAUUCUUCAUCAUGCUACCCAGAAUGUUGCAAAAUUCUGAUAACUCAACUUAACUUUGUUUCCCCUAACAUCAGCAUCACAUUCACCGUUCCUAGUUUGUAUUUCUUUCCAACCAGAACAAUCUGCACAAACAUGGGAGAGUGGGGUUUCUGUCUCCUGCUGGGCAAGGUUGCAGUCACACUCACACGGCGUCGGUUACGUUUGGAAUGACUGUUGUUUAGCUUCAGGAUCAUGUCCUGGGGGCCGGGGCGAGAAGGUGUGGAGCGGAAUGAGCAGUCUAAUAUGA